UCAUUUCACAGUGCAUGUUCCCAUGACAGGGCGGCCUUGCAGCUUACAACCCGACAUCAGUCCUCACCCUAUAAGCUGGUCUAAAAUGGGUGCUUCUGGACUGGUCACUAUGGAUGCGACACGGACCUCUUGAUAUUGACAUAAUAUGAUCAGAUCUCAGAAAUGUCAAAAAUAUUUCUACAAAUGUGUUCAGACUGACGUCAGAAAAUUCUGAUCGGUUGCCCAAAGCUUCUCUGUCAACGCUGUAAGACGGCGCCUCAAGCGGUAGGUGUACGUUUCAUUAAUAAGGAACUCGGCGCGCGGUGAGACAGAGGCGAGAGUAUUUCAGUGGAUCAGAUGAAUAGACCGUGAGCCGUGACCAGCAUCUUCAUCCUCAGAAAUGCACAUGCUAUCGCUGGAGACACCUUGAGCUGUAGCUUCACUCGUUUUCGAUCAAGAAGCAAGUAGGCUAUAGCUGCUUAAUGGUUUGGUGGCAUCAUUUUUGCUGUUCCACGGGACUCCCACUGCCUGCAUCACAUGCCCAGCUCAGCUAGUCCAGCAUCACAUGCCCAGCUCAGCUAGUCCAGCAUCACAUGCCCAGCUCAGCUAUUGCAGGCCAUUGAGAAGAUAGCCACAUACUGCUACCACCAUGGUCCAUCCUGACAAGACCGCCCGGACCUCAGUGCCCAAGAAGGGCUCCAGGAAGCGGAAGCUGCGUCCCCAGGGCCUGCCCUCCCCGGCCCUGUGCUGCGCCUGCGGGCUCUGCAUUAUGCUGGCGGGCAUCAACAUCACCCUGGUGGGGGCCUUCGCGUUUGGCAAGUUCGUGCCCACCAAGAAUCCGCCCAUCAUCAUUGGGCCGCUGCUGCUGCUGGUGGCGCUGUCAUUCUUCGCCGCGUGCUGUGUGUGCAGCCGCCGACCCCCGGCGCACGCGUCCCGUGGCAACGCGGGCGGCGGGGGCGGUGGCGCCGACAGCUGGGGCCUGAUGCGCAUGGGUGGCGCGGCCUUCGAGAUGGAGACGAGCGAGCACACGCUGCAGGACACCACCGCCGUGCAGCUCAGUCCCACCAACUCCCUCAGCUCCUCCAACAAGUCCAGCCCCGGCCACGACACACCUGCUGGCGACCCACCCCACCAGCUGGUCGCCACAGAGCUCAACGACUCACCGACGCCCACCGAUGGUCUGAUUGGCGGAGCCAACUGUGUCUCAGCCUCAGUGCCUCUCUGUCAGGAACACAUAGCCGUUGAACUUGGCCCCACACAUGAUGCUUCUGACACAUAAAGUGGUUACAGUUGCAUGGGUGUCUGACAUCCAGGAAAAAUCACACUGUUCUCAAGCAAUCUGGCUUGACUUAAAGUCUUUGGCAAAAGAAAAAAGAACUGUGAUGGUUCUUUAAACAUCACAAAGGUUAGGAGCAGUUGUAGUUUGCCUGGGAAAAGUACACAUAGUUGCUGUAAAAAUAAAAUUACUUAUAACACUCGUUUUAGGCAGAUUUCAAGUCUCUUGUUUACAGGGAUACAGAGAGAUAUGCUGCCUGAAUUAUCCUCAGACAUUUUCAAACUUGCCUUACUAAGCCUCUUUCUUCUGUUGUGCUGCUGAGAAACAAGUGACUGGAGACCAGUGAUAUUUUCUUGUUUGGGAGUCAUUGGCUCACCAUGUCACCCUGACCCCACAGUGGUGAGGGGAAGAGCAUGGCUCAGGAGAAAAUAGUCCUUCAACAGUGAUCAUUCAUGGACACAGGAACUGAAUCUGAUACAAGCCCUUUGGAAAUAGGGGACAUUCUACAUUAUGUGAAGGGGACAAAAAGAGUUCCUCUGUGCCUCCUCAUUGGAUGCCAAGCAUUGUGGUGAAAUUGGUGACACUGCUAAGCAGAUAUGACAUUAUCUGUCUGUGUCACUUGCAGCAGAAACAGAGAAUGCACUUCUGUGGAAGAAGCAGGCAAAAGACUAUUCUGUGUUAACACAAUAUGUGAUGCCCAUUGAAGCAAAGAUUGUAAUUUAACUCUAUUUUGAAAUGGAGGUGACUGUAAUCUCAAGGUAUUCACCUUAAAAAAAAGAUAAGUGUGUCCUGUUUUCAUUUGUGGUGAAGUACUGCCUUGCUGUUGUGAAAGCAUUUUCCUCCUUUUCAUUUGUUUGCCUUGUUUCAUUUAUUUAUUUAUAAAUAUUGUUUACUUACUAUAGAAAGUGUGCUGGCAAAUAUGUGAUGGUGUGUGAUGGUCAUAUGCACUUCUAGUUCUAUUAUUGAUUAUGCGUUGAUUAAUCUAAAAAUGUCCUACAAAGCAUAAUUGC